AUGCAUGUACCAUAUGGGAUAAGCAGGAAGGAAGGGACCAUCUCUCUAUUCCUAAUACGUGCAUUAGCACUAUCUCUCCAGUCCCCAUUUUUCCGUGUAGCGCCAAUGAAUUGCAACCGCGCAAUCAGCAUUCUUAUUGCUGCAAUCAUUUGCUCGACAGCUAAUGCGUGGUUGUCUCCAAUCGUUACCAAGGGUAACAAAUUCUUCGAUUCUGUGACUGGACUCGAAUUUCGCAUGAAAGGAAUCGCAUAUUAUCCUCGCCCCAAUAGUGGAGAGCUAGCCGGCGUCAGUAAUUAUGACUGGGCCGCCGACAAGCACGAGGCUAUAUGGAAACCUCACCUGAAAAUCAUGAAGGACCUCGGAGUCAACACCAUUCGACUUUAUUCUGUCGAUCCGAGUAUCUCACACGAUAAAUUUAUGUGCGCCUGCUCCGAAGCUGGUAUUUACGUUCUUAUUGGCCUCACUGCUCCAUGUGAGAAUUGUUCAGUCUUGGACCUGCUCCCACCUAAAUGCUACCCCGACGACCUAUUCACUCGAGGUCAAAUGGUCUAUAAUGCAUUUGCAGUUUAUGACAAUACUCUAGGUUUCAGCGUUGGCAAUGAGAACAAUUUGCAAGUGAAAAAUGGAGCUGAUGGCACAGCAACAGCUCCGUGUGUCAAAGCUUUUUUACGUGAUCUGCGAAGUUAUGCAGCUAGCUGCACUGGAUCAGUCCGUCAGGUUCCACUGGGACUAGAUAUUGCGGAUAUCCCGCCUCGUGAGCAGUGGAUUUCAUACUAUGACUGCCCUGUAGAUGAUGACGAGAAUACCCGUGCCGAGUGGAUGGGAUUCAAUCCAUACGUGGAGUGCGAUCCCACAACUCAUGCCAAGUACUCACAAUCGACGGGUUUAAAGACAUUAAUGGCCGAAUAUGCUAAAGUUGGCUACGCGCGUCCGAUAAUGUUUGGAGAAUUCGGUUGUAACAAGGGUCUGAAUACUGUUGAUGGCUAUGAGAAUCAGCGCUCAUUUUAUGACGCGAAAUGGAUGAAUGAGGAAAAGGAAAUGACAGACGAAAUUGUCGGGGGAAACGUGUUUGAGUUCUCCACGGAGAUGGCCAAUUUACUAGACCGUGUUGCGGUGACUAGAACAUCCGACGAAGGGAAAUACGGAGUAGGAUUCUUCCAUCCGCUAAAUUGUGACCAUGUUAAGGUGAAGUGCGAGUUUACGCCGUACCCUGAGUACGAAAACCUCAAAGAAGCGUACACGACCACAAUUGCGUCGAAAUUAAAGCAGAGUAAUCAUACAUCGCCACGUGACACCAUUUUAACCUGCCCAAAAGGUAUCUCAGCUAAUUUGCCACCAACUCCACCGGUGACGCUUUUGGCGUGCGCGGCCUCCCAACCAGUCUGCAACGGCAAAUUAGCAAAUGCAUAUGAACACUUUGAUUCCCAGACAACAGUAGGCGAGAAACGAGUUCCCUCGAACAAAAAAAGUUUGGGGCUUGCGAGUGAUGCUACCCGCAAUCUAUCGAAAGCAGCAGUCGUCGCCUUUGUAGCGCUAGUUUCUGUGUUUCUCUUGUAUUAA